AUGGGUGAGAUGCCUACGGUUCCAGGGACCCUCUUUGGUCCCUUCAAGCCUGAGCAAGCAGAACCCUGUAGUAUUGCAGGGGUAAAAACCGGGGCCAUUGGUUCUACCUUCACCCAAAGCAGCAAUAGUUUCACCAUCAACUGCUCAGGAUUUGAUGUAAACGGACUAAACCAGACUGCUUUUAAGUCUGUGUUUGACAGAAAGGCCUUCCGACCGGUGGUCAACUUCAGCGUCCCCACCAGGGUCAACAUCUCCUUCACCUUAUCUGCCAUUCUGGAAGUGAAUGCACAGAUCCAGCUCCUUACAUCAUUCCUCUGGCUUGAGUUGUUCUGGGAAAACCCAUUCAUCAGCUGGAACCCUGAGGAGUGUGGAGGAAUCACGGACCUCACUGUGGCAGCUGAGAACUUCUGGCUUCCGGAUAUCUUCAUCGUGGAGUUCAUGGACAUUGAUCAGACGCCGACACAGCUUGUUGCAUAUGUGAAUAGUAAAGGCCUCAUCAAGUACAAGAAACCCAUGAAGGUGACCAGCAUCUGUAACCUGGACAUCUUCUACUUCCCCUUUGACCAGCAAAACUGCACUCUGACCUUCACCUCUUUCCUCUACACAGUGAACGACAUGUUGUUGGGGCUGGACAAGGAAGUGUGGGAGAUGGCAAACACUUCACAGCAUUUCGUCCAGAACCAAGGGGAGUGGCAGUUGCUGGGCAUCAACAAAGCAAGCCGAAAGAUGGCAGUGGGAUCCAGCCUUUAUGACCAGAUCAUGUUCUAUGUGGCCAUCCGGCGCCGACCCAGACUCUACAUCAUAAAUCUCCUGGUGCCCAGUGGCUUUCUGAUAGCAAUUGAUGCCCUCAGUUUCUUCCUGCCAGCUGAGGAUGGCAACCGGCCCCCUUUCAAGAUGACUCUGCUGCUGGGAUACACUGUCUUCCUGCUCAUGAUGAAUGAUUUAUUGCCAGCCAGCGGCACCCCCCUCAUCAGUGUCUAUUUUGCUCUGUGCCUGUCCCUGAUGGUGAUCAGCCUGCUGGAAUCCAUCUUCCUCACCUACAUUCUGAAUCUGGUUACUACAAAGCCCCCACCCAUGCCCCGCUGGCUCCAUUGGCUGCUGCUGCGCUAUCUCAGAGCAACGGACUGCUACAAGAAGUCCCAAAAGGAGAGUGGGGGUCCUGAUCCCAAGCCCCUGCACCUGCCUGGCCUGGAGGAGCCUGGGGUGAAGGCAGGCCCAGCUAAGGCUCGGCUCAGUGGAGACCCCCAAUCCCCGUGGGCGCAGCUGGAACAUCAGCAGAAAGUUGACAUCUGGGUGAAAUUCAGUCUUAUUCUGGACACUUUCCUCUUCUGGAUCUACUUGGCAUUCAUGACUUCUUCUCUACUCACAGUCAUUGUCCUCUGGAUCAACUAGAAAAAUGCCCCCUCCCCACCAGCACACGCCACACCAGCUUCCAAGCUCCUUGUCUUUGUGGACUGCCAGAAUUCAUCCUCUUGUCUGAGCUGCAACGACCUCCCACUUGCCUGCUGCAGGAGACUAGCUCUAUCCCUUCCUUCCAGCCGGCUUCAGCUCAACCCUAUUUCCUUUCAAUUGAGUGUCCUUCCUUCUAAUUUCCUAUAGUUUCUUUCAACCUGGUGAUUCAUCUCAGCUGCCCUGUAAUUGAAUUGACUUAAUUAAUCCCUUUGCAGGAAAUAAUUGCUCCUUGAGAUAUUAUAUUACUGGGAAGGACAAUUCUUGGAUCCAGUCAGUUAUUCUAGAAAGAUAAGAAUAGACUAUUUUUUAAAGCCUCCUAGCAUCUAUUUUUAAGUUAAAAAUAGAAUUUUAAUCGU